AUGUCUUAAAUUCAUAACGAUUUGUGUCUUAAAGGGAUUGAAGAAUUGCGACAAAUUUUUAAAGAAGUUCAAACUUAAACUAAAUAAUAAACUAAAAUAUAGUAAAAUGAGAAUGAAAUUGAAGUUGAAAGAGUUAUUGAAACAACUUAACCCUCUUAAUAUUAAACUAAUAAUCAUUGUCAUCCAAUAUGUAUUCCAUAAGUUUAAUCUUAUCCUAUAACCUACUAACCAUAUAUAAUUGUAUAAGAAUAAUAAAUGGAAGAGAAGAAAUCAAAAAAAAAGAAGAGAAAAUUUGUAAGUGCUAUUUAAGAACAAAUUUAAGUUUAAGAAAUCGUUAGUAAAAAUAGAAAGAGAAUAGAAUCCCCAAAGAUCAAUAUUGAAAAAGAAUUGGAUCAUUUAGAAUAAUUAAUAAGAUAGGUGAAAGUGUAAAUAUAACCUUCAUAAAUCUAAGAAUAUAGUAUAAGUAUUCCUGAAGUUGAAAAAUCUAAAGAUAAUUCUGAAAUUAUAACAAUGAUUUCAGCUCUUAAAUCUUAACCAAUCUAAUUACCCAAAGAUGAUUAUGUAAAAAUUGAAAAUGCUCGUUUGCAUGAAGAAGCAAAAUAAACAUAAAUAUCAUUACAUGAACUUUAAGUUAAAUAUGAUGAAUUACUUAAAAGAAAGAGAAAAGAAAAGAUUGUAAAAGAAAUCGAAUAUAAAGAAAUUCCUUAAAUUGUUGAAGUACCUAGAGAUGUGAUAAAAGAAGUCAUAAAACCAAUUGAAGUAGUGAAAGAAGUGAUAAAAGAAAUAAAAAAGCCUGAUGAAAUCAAAUUUAAAGAGAUUCCAAUAUAUAUUCCAGAAUAUAAAGAAGUAACUGUAAAUAAAGAAGUUCCAGUUUAUAAAGAAAUUCCAGUAGAAAAAUCAAUAAAUGUUUACAAGGACAUUCCAGUUUAUAAGGAUGUUCCAGUAUAUCAUGAUGUUCCUAUAUUUAGGGACGUAUCUAUUUACUAAAAAGUUCCAAUUUAUAAAGAAGUACCUUAAUAUUCAGAGCCAGUGGAUGUUUAUAAAGAAAUUGUUGUGUAAAAAAAUGUGUAAAGAAUCCCAGAGAGAAUUCUUGAAAUACCUAAUUUAGGUAAAACUACUAGUAGAAUUAUUUAAUCUAAAUAACAUGAAAGAUCUUAUAUAAGAUCGCCAUAUGAAAGAAGAUAAUUUUGA